AUGACGGUGUCGUGCACACCACAGCGCACGCGCACAACCUUGGCAAACAGCCGAGGGGACGAUAAGAUCUGUCCUGGAUUUGACAGCCGCCCUCGGCGGUGCGGCAGUAAUGUGGUGUGCGUGUGUUUUGUAUGUGUGUGCAGGUAUUGA